AUGCAGAGGCCACUCUCCUUCCACUUGCUAGGAGUCUGGCUGCUUCUGAGCCAACUUCCCAGAGGAAGUCAAGGCCAAAGCUGGGACACUGUUAUUAAGGCAUGUGGCCGGGAAUUGGCUCGCCACCAGAUCAGAAUCUGUGGCAACUCGCUGUCUACAUGGAGAGAUGUGAAAGCCAGAUUUGGACGUGCAUCUGGAACACCCACAGAAUUCCUGCCAACUUCCAUCAAGACAGACGAGAAAAACUUAAAAGCACUAACGGAAUUCAUUACCAAAUUACUGAAUAGAACACUGUCUUUGAAUCAUCCAGCAAUUACUAAGCUACAACAAGCUUUAUUAGAAAAUGUUAAUAUUUUCUUUACAGAAUUUCAGAAAACUAUCUGUACUAGCACCAGUGAAGUAUUAAACAACUCCGAAUUAAUCAACACAGGCUGGGAUAAACAAUCCCGAAAAAAGAGACAGGUCUCAAUUUCACUGAGUAGUAAGUGUUGUUAUUCAGGAUGUACUUUAAAAGAGAUUGCUAGAUUUUGCUGA